CCUCAUGUCCCCUCCUCUCCUUCAGCUGUCUCCGCUCUUCAGUCAUUCAUUGCUCCUCCGUCGGACUCUCAGUUUGGACGAUGUUUGGGUGCAGAGCAGCCUGGCAGAGGUGUUUGCCUCUAGCGCGACAGUCCCUGUCCCGCGCACACCUCGACAGAGAUGUAGUUCCACGGAGGCUCAUGUCGUCGGUUCCUGGUGGCUCUGGUCAGAAUAUCUUUUAUGUCGUCCUCUGCGGUGGAGCCUUCGCAGGUGCCUUGGCAUAUGCUUACAAAACAGUUUCAGCAGACCAAGCACGUUUUGUUGAUCGUGUUUCUGAAAUUAAUGCUCGUCCCAAGUCUGACUGGAAACCCAAAGCAUGGCCCCCUAAGGGUGGGGAGAAUGGCGAUGAAGAAGCUGGCGCAGAGGAAGGUGAGGUGGCAGAAACUGUAGAGAGUGCAGCUGAGGAGGAUGUUCCUGCUGAGGCACCUGAGGUCUUGCUGGAAGCAGCUGAGGCCACUAGAGGGAAGACAGGAACUCUUGAGACGGUUGUGGAGAAGGUGGCCGAGAAGGUCGCAGAGACUGCAGAGGUGGUAGCUGAGGUGGCCGGGCUCGUUGCUGAGACAGCAGAGGAGGUGGCAGCAGUGGCAGAGGAAGUGCAGAAGGUAGCAGAGGAAGUAGAAGCAGCAGCAGAGGCUGUCGAAGCUCCUGUUAUCCAAGCUGAAGAGCCGGCGUCAGAGAGCGACGGUACGCCACCAGCCUCCAAAGAUGAGGCAGAAGCAGAGGCCUCUGGUACAGAGUCCUAAAUGGCUCACUGGUACUCAAACACUCACCCACAUACACACACAAGAUAUGGAAGACUCAAAUGUUUUGUAUAUCCGAACCUGUUAACCUUACAUCCAAAGAAGAACAUAAUUAGGCACAUAAAAUUUAGAGAUAUUUUAUUGCUUGAAUCCUGCAGGUCUCUCUAUCGAUCUUAAUUUUUCUUCCCUAACAAGUAGAUUCCUUAGUCAUAAACUGAAGUUUUAAGGUGCUCGCAGACACAU